GUGUUUACAUUCGGCGCCGCGACUGAACCUUCUUAAAAUGAGUUCCAUUGGGAGGACCGUAGAGGAUGUGAAGAAGUUGAUCCACCAUGCAAAGCUGACAGAAGACGAGCUGCUUCCAAUGACGCAGACCCUAGAGUUCACGGCUGACUUUGGGGAGGACCGAGACACUAUGGUUCUUCUCGAGUUGGAUACAAAGCUUCUUGAUACCCUUAAGGAAGGAGAAAGUGCUGUACUAAGAGGUGACCCAGAAGAAGGAGCAGUCUUUUGCACAAAAGGAAAGACAUAUGAGGUCCGGGAAGCAGAGACAUCAAAUUCUUUGGUGUUAGUGCCGCAGCUAUCCUUCCCAGAUAGCCUGGAGAAAACAGGGGAGCGUAAGAUUCAGAAUAGUCAGGUUUGUGGUAUCCACUACACAUAUUUAGAACUGAGACCAUGCAAACCACGUGUCCAGAAACUCCGUGUGUUAUUAGCAGAGAGGCCCUACUCUGGACCGGAUGUUCAGGAAGAGGAAGGGGAGGGCCAAAAGUAUUGUUGGAAUGACCUGCUUGACCGCAUUCAGUGCAGUGAAGAAGAACUGGACAAAGCGCUCCUAGAUAUGGAGGCUUAUCACUUAUAUGGAUUUUGGCAAGUCCUGGAGUUUGAUUAUAGAUUCAAAGUGGUAUCCCACAUUCUCAAUCUGAUUGAAGAAAAGACCUUGCCCCUCGAUGGAAUUCCUCGGAUUUCAACCAUUAAGGCUCUCAGCGAACUUGAACCCCGUCCUGUAAUUACGCAGUGUUUUGAUUACUACUUGAAACCUACAGGUGUUGACACAGAGGAUGGAGACUCACUGUAUACUUUGAUUGAUGACAAAAUAUGCCGUAUCUGUGCAGAGGUCCUCCUGAAGCCUGCAGGGAAGUUCAACUUGAGUGAAUUCCUUAGUAUUUGGCAACAGAGUGUUCCAGAAGGUCUUACAACAAACUUAAGUCAAUUGGAAGGCCUGGCACUGGUUGAUCGAUCGUCAACACCUGAAGUGAUAUCGCAUUUCCCUGUGUCUAGUUUGCCCCAAGAUAUACAAGAGAGAUUUAGUUUUCUUUUUGAAACUCGAGAGAGGUGGACACUGGAUGAAAUCAGACCCUAUGUUAUGGACUUGGCCGGUGAGAAGACUCCAGUUAAUGCUAUCUUGACCAAAUAUGCAAGGGCAUCUACCCAGAAUGGUAUCAAGUACUAUUCAGGAAAACAUGCCAGAUAGACCACUUUACAUGCUGUUUAAUGAUUUCUUUCUUAACCCAAUGCCGCCGGGGAAAAUGCACAAAAAAUGGGGAAAAUGCUGUGCCCACUUUCUAUGUUUUUCAUGAAAUGUCUGCCGAUAGAUGGCUCUGCUAGCGCCUGAUUUGAAAUGGCGGGAAAAAUGUAUUUUUCACUAGUGCUGUGAAAAUCGAUGGUGUUAUUUUUAUCAUAAACAUAAUAAUUUUUAUAAUUUUUUUAACAGUAACAGCAAAAUAAGAUUACGUAAAAUAUUUUGUAAAUCAAAGAAAAGGGUAAAUGGGCGAGAUGGGCAGUACUCAUAACUAGUUCAUUGGGGAGUUAGUACAAGUGUUGCCAUCUAUGUGUAAAAACAAUCAAACAAGUACUCACGGUGGGCAUAGCAUGUGCGUACACGUCAUACCCGGCACCAGUGGGUUAAUCGAUAGUGUAGAAUAGUAUUCAUGAUAUUGUAACAAUGCCAAUUAUGUUUGCAUUUAAUAGAUUUCCUACAUAAAGAGUUAGGAAAAUAUUUUGUUACAAGAGACAGACAACUAACAAAAUAUAUUUUUUUGAAUCAUGUAAUAGAUAUAUCUAAAUUACAAACACAAAGCUUGAGAAAUAUAAGCACUAAU